UUGCAAAAAUAAAUUCACAACAAAUGUCACUAGACUAGAGCAGGAAGGUGUUUAUUUUUUCAGGUAUUUUUGUAAAUAUGUAACGAAAAUACAAGAAUCUGCUACAAUAAAAGACGAAUAUUAGUAUAUACAGAAUGGCUACACAAGAAAAACUGCAAAAAUCUCUGGAAGCUCUUAAAAAUUUGUCUAAAUAUAAUCAAAACCCUUCAGAUAAUUCUAAAAAAAAGGAGAAAAUACAAUAUUGCUACAAUAUCACAGAUGCUAUUUCAAAUUCUACAAUAAGAGUUUCUACAAAUUUCCAUAGUUUGUUAGGAACAAGUAUUGAAGUAUUUUUAUUACUUUGUGAUGAUGAGGAUGCCGAUAUUCGAAUGACAAGCGAAGAAUGUUUGAACAGAAUUAUAAGAGCUGCAAAUGGUUCCAUUGGAAAAAUACAGAUAGAGUUACAUAAAGAAAUAAAGAGAAAUGGCCCAGCAAGGUCUCUAAGAACUGCUUUAUGGCUGUUCUCCCUUUUAGCUCAUCGGAUAAGGCCCCACAAAGGGAAGCCAUAUGUUGCUAAUAUGUUUCCUGGACUCAUAAAAAUAACUGAACGAAAUGAGGAAGCAGUACAUGAGACUUUGGCAGCUAGUUUGCCAAACAUUAUGAAGGUGUUGGGAUGUUUCACAAUAGAAAAUGAAAUUAAGGCACUGCUAAAAGCAUUUCUAUCAAAUAUUUCCAGUGAGUCUACAGUUAUAAGAAGAACUACAACAAGUUGUGUGCUUACAGUGUGUAUGAAUUGCAAAAACCCAUAUGUUUUCAUGACAUAUUGCCUUAAUAACUUAUUAGAUACUAUAAUUCCAGUCAACGCAGAACAUUCGACUUUCCAAAUCCUAGGAAUAAUUUCGUGUAUCAAGUCGUUGAUACAAAAUAUAUUUUCAGUCGAAACUGAUUCUAGUCUCCAGAAUAAGAAUGCCCUCACCGAAAAACUCUUACAGAUCUUCGAACUUUGUCUGCAUUAUUUAUCCCACAAGGAUCAUAACAUCAUAAAUAUUUGUUUAGAAACGUUGAAAGUACUUUUGGAGUGCCCAUGCAGCCAUUUUAGAGAGAGGUUGAACUCCGGUUUUGGAUGUCACAGGAUUUAUUCAAGCGAAAAACUCUGUAUAUUAAGUAAUAGAUCUCCAAGCCAACUCAGUGUAGCAACAACAGUAACCACUGAAGAUAACCUAUUUUCCGAUUCAGACCUGACCGAAACGUUACAUUCAGAUAUUGAAAAGUGGAUAGACGAGACCUCGAUAUCUGUAAGAAACAUAACCUUUGCAAAAACCAAAGAAAAAUCUCAAUCUCUGGACAAAAUAAGUAGGUUCGAAUUGGAAACUAUAAGAAAUAUAGAUGUCAAUAAUUUUGGAGGAUUAAAUCAAUUAAACAAAGAAAAUUUUAUUACUCAACGCAAGGCUCAUAGUAUUGAAAAUACCUUGGACAUCCUUAGUUUCAGUGAAAAUUCUUCAGAAAAAAGUUAUUGUGCAGUUGAUUCCGAAGAGAAGCUUUUAAAUCUGGAAGUCUGUAUACAGGAAAUUGAAGCUGGAAAUCUUCUCGACGCAACCACUCCUCUAAUCUAUUGUAUCCGCCUGAUCACAAAACUAUUUCUGCUAAACGGUAUACCAGAAAAUUACAUUUCUGAUAAAGUAGUGAGAGUCUCUGUAAAAUAUUUAGCCAUUUCCUGUCUCUCCUCAUUGUUUAAUCUCUACCCAAAAGGAUUGUUUAUGUACUUGGACAAGAAUUAUUCGCAAAACAUAAAAUCGAAAAGAAUCAGUAGUCAAAAAAUUUCUGAUAUACUGUUAUUAAGAAAUCAUGUAGAUCCUCAACUCAGGGGUGCAAUCAGAAAUUUGUUGGGUAAUUAUCUCAAAGUUGUAAGUCAUUUGUGUGAAGGCGGAUACGAGGACUGGAUUAGAGACAACUGUAUCGGCGAUCAGGAUAAUUCAGUUCAAAUUUGCGAUAUUGUCAAUAUAUUCAUUCAGGGCUUAAAUGAUGAGUCUUCAAAUUGCAUUCGGCAAACACUAGUAACUUUGAAAAAUAAUUUAAAAUAUUUAAUUGAAUCACACCAAAGUAAUGCCGUUAUACCUCUAUUGAAUACUCUACCUGCACUAUCUGAAAAUCCAUAUUGGCUAGUAAAGGUGUCUCUUUGUGAACUGGUGUCAAAAAUAGAUUAUAUUAAUAUAUAUUACGUAACAGAAAACAACGAUUUUCAAGAAAAAGUAUUAUACAACGUUCUUUUUAAUUUAUUAAGUGAUAGUGACCAAAGGGUUCGGACUUCAGCGGCGUCUAGUAUUGUACAGAUAAUUCCACAUCUUUAUUACGGAGAAUACCUACUUAAUGAAGGUACUCCUACCUCUAAAGCUUUAUUGGAUAUAGCAGCUUUAACAAUAAAUCUGAAACACGAGGAACUAGAUACAAGUGUAAACAAGAAACAUUUUAUUAGCAACAUGCCUUUCCCCUUUAACAAGAUUUCCCAAAAAAUAUGUGAUAAAACUGAUUUUUCUCUAUCUAAAGUAGUUUCUAGGUUAUGCAAUAUAGUGCUGACGACCGUUUCUAAAAAUUUGUUGAGCGGCUGUAUAGAGACAUUAUCUUUACUUUCUAACGCAUAUCCUUGUACAUUGUACAAAAGUAGCUGGUCUACAAUGGAUUUCCAAGUUAAUAAUGAUUUGAAAAUGCCGGAUUUAUUAAAUUUUUGCUUAAGUUUGUUGACGAAUUCUGUACACGUUUAUAGUCUGCAAACUCAUAUGGAUAUUUUGAAUUUUUCAGUUAAUCUAUAUGCAGGGCAUGCUUUGACAACACUCAAACCAGUUGAUCUAGAAAUUACCAUAACUCCAUGGGUCAUGUUCAACAAUGAAGUAUUUUCUGAUCUUUCCGAUCAGUACUUGUACCAUAUAAUCAAGUUGUUGAACAUAUUCCAACACGUUUUGAACGACUUACAGCCUUUACACCCUCAAGCUAAGCCAGUACUUCCUAAUUUACCCGCCACUGCUAAUUUGUCACCGCUGAAGAGAAGAAAAAGUGAUUUAGAUAAAAAGUCCAUGACGUUAAAAUUGGAAAAAGACGAAAAGAACGAUAGGAAAGACAUAAAGAGUUUCUUUGGAUUAUUUGUGCAGUCUGGUCAUUAUAUGAAGAUCUAUGAAAGUGUUAGAUCAUCUUUUAGUAACUAUAAGGUAUCUUUAGACUCCGCUUCGUCCAAAACAUUUCUAGAAUUUCUAAGUUCAACAUUGAGAAGUCUUUCUGUAUUACUGGAAGUAGGUUCACUAACAGAAUUUGGCAAAUUGGCAGAAGAAAUUUUGGGAUAUUUCCGUUCUACCUUCGUUGUUGAUCCUUCGGGUACAAUUCAAGCUGUACAGCAGCUUCUCAAGUGCCUGUUUGGUACUAAUUUGACUGCCAACAUAUUGGAAUUUCCGCUACAGAAGUCCGAAACCAAGGAAUUCGACAAAGGAUUCUACCAAAACAUUUUCCAAAAACCAUACAGUCUAGUUUCUUGGUAUAUACAAUCUUUAAACAACAUAGGACGCCAUGAUCUCGAUGACGAUAAUACAGUUAUGGGUUAUUUACACAGGAGAGACACGAAAAGAAGAUCAGUAAUUUUAACGAGAACUUCCGACAAAACGUUAGCAAAUUACAUUAGAAUAUUUGAGCCAAUGGUUAUAAAGUCACUAAAACAAUACACCAUGACGAGUAGUGUUAAAUUGCAGUGUCAAGUUCUGAAGUUGCUAAGUCAGUUGGUACAACUUAGAGUGAAUUAUUGUUUGCUUGAUUCGGAACAAGUUUUCAUAGGUUUUGUUUUAAAACAAUUUGAGUACAUCGAAGAAGGUCAAGUACCAGCGGUUGAGGAGCUGAUACCAAAAAUAUUCCAAUUCCUGGUUCAAUUGUCGUAUAGCAAACAACAUUCCAAAUUAAUUAUUGGUGUUCCAAAAAUUAUUCAACUUUGUGAUGGAUUGAUGGCUAGCGGCCAACCAGCUGCUACUCAUUGUAUACCUGCUUUGCAACCCAUAGUAGAAGAUAUCUUUUUGACCAGAAACAAAUCCAAUACUCCAGAUUUUAAGGAAUUAGAAACUACUAGGGAGGUUAUUCUGAGCAUGUUGCUCAGAUUGUGCGAUAACAAGCAAGUGCUAGAUUUAAUUACGCUGAUAUUAGAAGAUAGUAAGUAUUGUACUCAUAAUACUGAAAAAUGGUAUGAAUGGUCAAAGAGAGUAUUCCACGUGGUACUUCCUAUGCUUAAACAGAACAAAUUGAAAUUGGACGACCCAGAAUCAUUGGCUGCAAUGAGGAGAUUCAUAUUAGCGAUGAAUCCAGAAGUUUUUAAACCAUUUGAUGAAAUCAUUGUCAUGUUUUUCCAAGAUCCGCCUUCCUUGGAUACGAACUUGACAACAUUCUACAACUGGUUUUCCAAAAUCCUUAUUCUAUUACUUCUAAUAAUUCCUUUGAAAGAAGAAGCCCUUCUAGUAAAAAUCAACAAACUCAAAGCAGAAUUUCCUCCGGCGAUUAUAUUUGAAAACGUAACCCCCAAAGCUGAUCCUUUGAACGUGUAUAACAACGCUGAAACUUUCCAAAAUAUUUCUGCAGAAAUCAUUUUGAUUAGAUAUUUAUUUAGAAUUUUAAAUUUGGUUUCGAAAAGAUGUGUUAUGGCAAUUAAACGUCAAGAAAAAGGAUUUAUUUUCGAACAACUUUUUGGAUUCCUGUUGCAUUGUUUGUACAUGUUUCAGUCUGGUGGUCAUCCCAAAGUAACGAAAAUUGCUGCAACAGUUCUAAACUCGAACAUUCCAUUUGAUGAAGAAAACUUCGUAGAAAUGAAAAGUAUUAACGAUAAUUUUUUAACUCUGGCAGUUUUUUAUCCGAUUUUAGGUUCCCAGUGGUGCAACUUCCUUAUAUUAUUAAACUAUAACGACAGAAUAUUCUGGCAACGUGCUUUCCAAAGCAACGAGCUAGAAAAUAAUUUAAGAGUCAAAAAUCCAAUUUUAAAUUUAGAGGUUAUGAAAUAUGGAAGUACCAUAUCUUUUUGCGACUUUUUGAGUGAAAAUAUUCCCGACAUUAAUAAUAUUACUUGGUUUCUGGAUAGAAAUUCUUCACUUUUAAUCGACUUACAUCAUGAACCUCCAGUAUCAGAAUUUUUAACGUUUGUACAUAGAUCUGCACAGCUCAGUCAACGAUUUAUUUAUAAUAUAUAUGAAGCUGUCAAACAGUCUCGAUCUUCCGUUUUUAAAGUGAGAACACUAAAAUGUAUAGAAAAUUGUCAUCAAUCACAAAUUGGCACUGUUUUAAAUCUUCUAAUUCCUCACAUGCUUAAAUUUCACCAAGCCGCUGUCUCAAGAAGAGCUUCUAACAUAGCUAACAGAAAAAUUGAAGAAUUGUUAACUCUGUCAAUGGAGGAAGUCAGUAAUCAAUUGUCAAAGGAAGAAUUAGUGAAAAUGCAAAGAGAUUUAGUAAAUUGUAAUUUAGUUAAAAAGAAUGAAACCCUAGUUAGCCUUCUGAACAAAUUGUCUGUACAGUUCUACGAUCUAAGUCCAAUAGAAUUUGAACAGAGACGCGUAGUAAAUCCAGAAUAUAUAAAAAAAUUAAAAAUCGACAGAAAGUGGUACUUAACACAAAUUCAAAAUAAAUAUAAGGACUCAAACAUCGGCAGAGAAAUGGCCGAGUUGUUAUCUAAAUUAGAGUACAACGAAAUCGUCAGUUUUAUGUCAAGUAGUGGCUUUAAUAAACAUAAUUUAAAAGACUGUUUAAGAUUAGGUUUAAUGGAAGUGGAUAAAUUAAAGACAAAUGAUAGUUGCGAUUUGCUGAGAGCAAGUAUUGACUGUCUCUUAAAAGACAUUUCUAGUGUAGUUUGUAAAAUUCCAGAACCUCAUCAGGUUUAUUCUCCAAUAGAAAGAAUUCCAUCAGCUUCUGAAUCACUAUACACCAAACAAAUGACGGAACUUUUUGACAAUCAAGAAUUUUCCAGUUUACUUUAUAGUUUGGCAAUGUCCAUACCUUUAUUUUCGAAACAUAUUCUUGCAAAUUCUUCCUAUGAACUCUCCAACAAUAAUUUAGAAGAUCUAGCAAAAUUUAGCGUUCUCUGUUUAGAAUACAUGCGAUUUUUAGAAUCUGAGAACGUAGAUUUUAGAGUUCAUUUGACAGAUAUAUGUUUAACAUGUUGUGAUACCAUAUUAAGAAACAUCAGUACCUGUAACUUUUUAGAAUUAGAUUCCAAUGCUACUUGGUUGUGUUCUAGUAUAAAUAGUGUGUACAGUCUUGUAAAUACUUUAUUAAGAAGCGAUAGACCACUUUUAACAGUUUCCAAGUACAAUCUAAAAGGAAACGAAUCUUCAACAGCAAUGGUUCAGGCAACACAUGAGUUGUAUACUUUGACAUGUUGGCUAUUUGAAUUAAAAAUGUAUAACACCACAAAAAUACCGGAUUUUUUGUUUAACCGAAUCAAAAGUUUGACAUUUUGUUUGGCGAGGUUGCCGCUAGUUAAUUCUUAUGCGCUGAUACCGCAACGGGCUUGGAAAACAGGCUGGCAACCCGAUACUAUGGAUGGGACCUUUGGGACUGUUGUGGCAGCACUACCUAUAGAUAUGUUACAAGAUAUAGAAGUUCUUCAGGAAUAUAUUUUCAGGAUAAAUCUGUUGGGGUGGACCUCCAGGCAGCAGUUUGAAGAAACGUGGAUGUGCUUGUUAAGUGUUUUGUGUGCACCAACUGAAGAAUUAGAGCCGUUAGUAUUAAACGAUGUUCUACAUGCUUCCACUUUAGCUAUUAAAUCAAUUACAACCCUUCUUCUACAGACCUUGGCCUUACCAGUAGUUGGGAAUCCGAAUAUCUCUGAAAUUCUUCAUAUUCCUAGAAAUUCAAACAUCAGCGAGUGCAGCAUUGGUGUUCAAAAGUUGAAGAGGAUUCAAAAGUGCAUACAAACCAGUUACAAUAAUUCUUCUCACGUUUCCGACGAUUAUAAAAUUGUAAACGUUUUCAAUUUACGCAACUUAGAGAAAUCAUCGGAUAGGUAUUCAUGCGGACAAGUAUCUGUUAGAUAUUUGUUGGUAGCUACUGGUUCGGUUGAAGAAACACAAGACAAUAUUAUGGUAGCAGAAAUUUGUAGACAGCGAACACAAAAAUUGGAGUCCAUGGGCCUCGAUGUGAAUUCUUGUCUGCAGUUUUUAAUCGAUUAUUAUACUCAGUUGAUGAGACCACAGUCUCAUACACAUAUACGAGUUCUUCACGAAGCCGUCAGAUCAACAAUUAUGAUUUCGGAUCUAUUUACCGAUAAAUCUCAGUUUUCAUGGAUGAUGGAAGUAUUUCUGGAACUCUUUAAGAUACAUCACUCAGAAGAUGAGUUUCUGUACCAGUAUUUAAUUUUAGGAAUAUGUAAAGCUGCAGCUGUGUUAUCACCGGAUUUAGAAACGUUUGACAACUUAAAGAAAAUGUUAGUACAGUACCUAAAAAGUCCAUAUUUAACGUCUAGAAUAUCAAGUUUAUAUGGCAUAUUAUAUUUGCUAGAAGGAUGUAAACUGAAGAGCAUUAACAUAGGAGCUGUAUCCGAAGAAUUACAACUAAUUUUGCCGUGUGCUGUGGAAUACGUUCAGUUUAAUUUAAAUCCUUCGAAUAAUGUUCUAAAAAAAUCUCAAGAACAUACUAGCCUUGUAUGGUCUCUUGCAUUUUAUUUGGUGGAAAAUGUUGAAGAAAUCCACAUGGAACAAAGUUUUGUUACAAGUGUGAUGACUACGGCUUUCACGACCCUUCAAGGAAGAGUAGCGACUUGGUUACAUACGAUUAUAAUUAAGGGUUUGGAAAGGUUGUUGAUAAUAAAGAAGUCAUUGAUCAUAGAACAGUUCGGAAAACAGUUUUUGAAGUUGGCGUUGAAUAAAAUGAAAAGUGAUAAUCCAACUGUUGCUAUUUUAGGAACUCAAUUUUUGUUAAGCUAUUUAUACACUGAUUGUGUUAAUUAUUUACAAAGUGUUCAGACCUCUUCCAAUACUCCGACGAAUCCCGAUAGCUUGGUCCAAACUAUCGAGAUGGUGUCUGCUAUUUUCGAACGAAUUAAGAGAGGUUACGUCUACGAAGUAGAAAUCUUGUGUUCUGUGAUGCCGAAAGUGUUGGAUGACUUCUUCUCCCCUGCAGAUAUUUUGACAAAAGUAAUUGGAGAGUUUUUAUCCGCUCAACAGCCGCACCCGAAGUUAUUAAGCAAAGUUGUUUUCCAGGUUUUCCAGAGUGCAAUACAAAGAAACCAGCUGUCAUUGCUCCAAGAUUGGGUCGUUUUCAGCUUGUCCAACUUCACUCAGUCCUUCUCGAUCGGCAUGGCAACGUGGUGCCUAACUUGCUUCUUCGUCAGUGCUACCACAAAUGAUUGGUUACGUUCGUACUUUUCCUACAUUCAAACCAGAGUCGGAAGAUACGAAUACGAAGACAGGAAAAUGCUUUGCAUCGCCGGAGCGGACUUUUACAAAAAUUUAACGAAUGCUAAGCAACGCCAGACGUUCAUAGAUAAUUUUACGAAAGUUAAGGAUCAAGUAGAUACUCCGUUUAAUGAUUUGUUGUUGUCUUUGUGAAUUUAAAUAAGUUACUAAAAGAGUACUUUAUUCUACUGUUAUCUUUGUGAGAAUUGUUUCAGAGUAUAAUAGAUUGUAAGGCAACCACAGAUUUGUAAAUAUAACUGUUUUGAAUUAUA